GAGCGCGCGCGGCCGGCUGGUCGCACUGGCGCUUGUCAGCUGGAGUUGGCUUGACUCGGCGUCAGGGCUGAGAGCAUUUGGGGAAAACGGGAAGAAACUCGGGUUUGUUUGUUUUUUUUUUAAAUCUGCCAUGAGAGCUGAACAGACUGAAAAUGGAGAAAAUUCAACGAACUCGCAGAGCGAAAUGCUGAUCAACCAGCUGAGGGAGAUCACUGGCAUCCAGGACCCACAGAUUCUCUACAGAGCCUUGAAUGCCAGUCAGGGUGACAUUGGACAUGCUGUUGGACUGCUAACAACACAGCCUGCAGAGGUUCAGGAUCCUGAAGAACCACAGGAGUCGGGGACCUCUGGAGAGGCCUGGGAGGGCCAAAAGGGGAUUCGUAAAGAUGAACUGCAGACCGCCAUAGAGCUCAGCCUGCAGGAGUCCCACAAUGCCCAAGAGGAGGAGAGAGAAUUCCAUAGGGCUCUGGAGGCCAGUGCAGAGGAGAAUGCAGCAAGAAUGAAGAGGAAAAGAUGUGAAGCCCAGAGUGAGAUGUGCAGCCCUGCAGACUGGAUCCGUCAGGACGACUGGCCUGUGGGCAUUCGCAAUGUAGGAAACACCUGCUGGUUCAGUGCAGUCAUACAGUCAUUGUUCCACCUGCCUGUGUUCAGGAGGCUGGUUCUCAACUACCAUCUGUCUGAGCGAGUACUGGAGAAGUGUAAGAGCCAUUCAGACAAGAGGAACAUAGCUUUCAUGCAGGAGCUGCGCUGUCUGUUUGCCCUCAUGGUGGGCUCCACCCGCAGGUUUGUAGAUCCCUCUGCUGCAGUGGAGUUACUGCGAGAUGCCUUCAGGACCAGUGAGGCCCAACAGGAUGUCAGUGAGUUUUCCCACAAACUGCUUGACUGGCUAGAGGACGCAUUUCAGCUGGCUGGCAAUGGAAAUAACACAGAGGACAAACAACAAAACCCCAUGGUCCAGCUUUUCUAUGGUACUUUUGUGACAGAAAGAAGACAUGAAGGUAAGACGUUAUGUAACACUGAGCAGUUCGGCCAGUACCCUCUUCAAGUCAACGGCUUCAACAACCUGGAUGAAUGCCUAGAAGGUGCUAUGGUUGAGAAGGAGAUUGAAUCGCUACACUCAGAGCACGGCAUUACAUCUGGCCGUGAGAGAUGGUUGAAAAAGUUACCACCAGUCUUGACAUUUGAACUGUCCAGAUUUGAAUUCAACACCCAGCUCGGUCGUCCCGAGAAGAUACACAAGAAACUCGAGUUCCCACAAAUCAUUUAUAUGGACAGAUAUCUUCACAAAAACAUAGAACAGACCCAUGAGAGGAGAGGAGAAGUGAAAAAACUCAAGGAGCAACUUGCAGUCCUUCAACAGAAAUUUGAGUGCUACAAAAACUAUGGCUCAGGACCUACCAAGUAUCCUCUGGCAGACAUGCUGCAGUUUGUGUUGGAGUUUGCUACCACCAAGCCUACAAGUGUUUCCCCAGCUGAAGACCUGAGACUCGCUGCAUCUUCGCCGACUCCCGCAAGCCACCCCUUCAGUGAACCCAUCUCCACAGACAACAGUGAACCUGGAGACACAGAUUCAUCUGAGGGCCUGGUUUCCAGUGUUUCAAGUUGCCAGCGGACCCCGAUUUACAAGCCCUUCACCCAGUGCAGACACCCUAUCGACUGUCCACCACACCCAGCCCCACACAGCAUCACUGAAGAAGAGCUUCACUUUGUUAAGACCUGCCUACAGCGCUGGAGGACCGAAGUAGAGAAUGAUAUAAAUGAGCUAAAGGCCAGCAUUGACAGGCUCACUCAGACGCUUGAGGGCAUGUACUCAGACAACAGUCUCUGCCAGGUACCCUACAGACUCCAUGCGGUGCUCGUCCAUGAAGGCCAGGCAUCGGCGGGUCAUUACUGGGCGUACAUCUACGACCACGCCAAGAAGCGCUGGAUGAAGUACAAUGAUAUCAGCAUCACCGAAUCAUCAUGGGAGGAGCUGGAGCGAGACUCAUUCGGGGGCAUGACCAACGCCAGUGCCUACUGCCUGAUGUACAUUGAUGACAGGCUACCCCACCUUAUUACAGAAGACACAGAUGAUGAGACAGGUCAGGUGCUGCAUGGCAUGGACUCCCUGCCACCCAUCCUCAGGCGCUACGUCCAUGAAGAUAACCGCUGGUUCCAGCAGGAGCUCAGUGAAUGGGAGGAGCAGUUCUGCCAGACGGCAGCCCCACAGGGUGAGGCCACAGCUUCAACAGAGCCCCCGAAUCCCGGUCCAGACAAUGUGCAGCAAACACCUGUCGAGCCAGCACCCCAGUCAGGACCGUCCACUGAAGAGCUGGACCAGGGAGCUGUUUCAGAGCCACAACCAGAUCCAGAGGCAGAGAAGGAUCCGGAGCCCGAUCCCAGAGAGAAGCCUGAAGAAGAAUCCGAGUUAACGCCUUCACCACCACAGAGCCCUUGCUGCCAGCCAGAUGACAGCAGCAUAUCAGCAGUAACCGACGCCCUGGGCCCAAGCCAGGGCUCCACUUCAGCUGAGAAGGAGCUGCAGAGUCAGUCUCCUGACUCUGAAGCAGAGCUUAGUAACCAGGCACCAUCCGACCUCCAUGUGGAUAAGGACGACACAGAGGUGGCGGGCCUCAGCCCUGAAACUGAAGGCGAUCCGGAGGCCUCCAGAGAAGCUCCUGAACAUGAGGCAGAGCGGGAAGACGAGGAGCAGCAGCAGGAGGCCCCGGCUAGACAGCGACAGGCUGAGAACGAGGUCUCAGAAGUGGAGAUCCCGAACGUGGGCAGGAUCAUGGUGAGGGCCGAUGCAGAUGGAUACAAUGAAGAGAUGAUGCUGACUCCAGCUAUGCAGGGCGUCAUUCUAGCCAUAGCCAAGGCCCGACAAACUUUUGACAAGGAAGGCCCUGAGGCUGGCCUCAUCAAGGCCUUCCAUGAGGAAUAUUCCCGCUUGUUUGAGCUCUCCCAGGAGGAGGCUACACCCCAAGAGGAUGCUCGUCUGCAGCACGCUCUGGUGUACUUCUUCCAGAACAAGGCACCCAAACGUGUUAUUGAGAGGACACUGCUGGAGCAGUUUACGGACCGGAACCUGAGCUUCGAUGAGAGGGCCAUCAGUAUCAUGAGGGAAGCCCGAGCCAAGCUGCGCCUCAUCAAGCCAGAAGACAUGGACAUGCAAGAAUACAUGCAGUGGCAUGAUGACUACAGGCUGUUCAGGACAGUGUUUGUCUACCUGCUGUCUGGUCUGGAGCACUACCAACAUGGAAAGAUGCGGGAGGCACUGAACUACCUGGCUCACGCGUACGAGACCAACGCCACCCUGCUGAGGAAUGGCGAGAAACGUGGCGUGGACAAGUCUCUUAUUGCAGUCUACAGGAGGAAAUGCCUCACUGCGUUGAAUGAAAGCGCGUCGCGGCUGUUUUGCAGCGGUGAGGAGAGCAAGGUGGUGGAGGGCUUGGCCAUCAUGGACGAGGCCGUAAUCCCCUGCCUGCACCUGAUGAGCCGGGACUCGGCUUUAUCCCAGGAAGACCGGGAUGCCAUGGAGAGCAUCCGCAGCCACUGGUGCUGCUGCCUGGGCCAGGACAUGGAUGACUCAUUGCAGACGAAGCUGGGUGAGUUGCUUCCCAGGGUUCUGGACGGUUCAACUGACGCAGUAGUGCUCAAAGACCCACCCAAAGUCCCCGUCAACCAGGCCCUCGACCUGUGCAGUCGCCUGGCCGCUGUCAUGGAGUCCAUUCAAACCACCUCGAUAGUCAUCGUUAAGUAAAGUCCCGAAUGAAACCCCCAACAACCUCCUUCAAAUGUGCGUCCUAAUUGCAAGCAACUUGGAUGGUGGAUCGUUCUUUACUGACGGACUGUGGGGUUGAGACAUCAUGUAGUUUUCAGCAGGCCCAACUGUGUAUUUCACUGUAUUCGCUGGUUUGGCAUCGCACAUGAACAUCAUUUCGAUGUGCUAACAUAGCGAGAUGUAAGCACUCAUUAGGGGUAGAUAGGGGAUGGGGCAGGGCUGUCACCACACGCUUACAGGCUCGUUACAGCAGCAUUACCACACCCAGAAAUUUUAACCCGAAGAGCUUUUUCAGAAGUUCUCGACAGGCUUCAAAACUCUCAACAUGAUUAAAUGACAUCCUCAGAGUUCUUCUCAGCAGCUUUCACGUAUGCCCCCUUCUUGCCCACCGCCAGCAAGCCCCAUCUGUUAAAAAACAACAACAAAAAAAAUACCAACAGUAUUUAAAAGUCAUAAUGGCCUUAAAAACGCCGCAGGUUAUGCAAAAGAGGCCAAUAAGGUAGCAGCGCACUGUAAUUUCUUUCUCCUACGACCUGCAGAACUGGCAAACAUAAUACAGGUAUUUAUUGACCUGAUAUCGGUUAACAUCUACAUGUCAUAGACAUCAGAUUCUCUUUGACUUUAAAUGCACACUUGUGGUACCCUCUCUUGAGAGUGCAUUACUUACUCACAUACAUACAGAGCUGGUGCCACGUAGUGGCUACGAUCUUUUCCUUCAAACUGUAGAGAGAACGGUAAAGAUUUAUGUAGCCAUAACCAGCUUCUCUCCUGUGUUGCUCUCAUCACCCAAACAAUUAUUAAUGAAACCAACCUGGUGAAACCAUGAAAUAAUAAUACAUCAGCAGAACAAUGAAGCAUUAGAUUCUCUGAAAAGUUCAUAUAUGGUUACAUGUUUUACUGACUGGCAAACUUGUUAACUUUAAAAAACUGGCUACAUCAGACUGUCACUCAACUCUGCAGGGAGUGACUAGAUUGCUGAUCUGUUGAUUGUGUUGCUAAGCAGUGUGAACGCACGAUUAAGCCUUCAUACAGGGCUAAAAAAAAAACCAAACCACUAGAUUUGUACUGCACAGUAACAAAUAAUGUUUUGUAGCUUUUUUUAAAAUAUAUGUUUUAUAUUACUUUGUAUUUUUCCAAAACAGACUAGGAAAUUUUACAUGUAGAUGAUGAUAUCUACAGCACAAUUAGGCAUAAAAAUAAUAAUGGCAAGGUUUUCUGUCCCUUUUUUUUUUUUUUUCUUCUUUCCUAAAAGGCUGCUGCACAGUCAGAUCUCAGCACAUCUGUGGACUGGAUCUGAUAGUGAGUGGCAACUCUUCUCUGAGUGACAGUGCCCUGUUGGACAGCACCUUGCAUUUACAAAAUGUGCCUUUACUGCCUUGUUGAAGGGGUUCUCUGUAAACCACAGAAGCCCUUUGAAAGGAAAGACCAGCAACAUGGAGCUCCUGUAACGGCCAUUUCUGGCUGAUUGAUUCACACUGCCUUUUCACUUGUAGUCUGUGAUGAUACUCAAUAAAUGUUUAAAUACUCUCUG